UAAAAUCGUUCAUUGAUUGAAUGACAUACAUUUUUCUCGAUCUUACUCUCUCGCUUAGUUUAAAGAUGAUUGAAAACGCUGUUACACAAGAUACAUUCAUUGAAUAUAAUGAUAACAGAGACACAUCGGUAACACAUUUCACAGUACCGGCCACAAUUGGACCAGAAGACAGUCGACAUUUAUUCAGCUAUAUUGGCGUUUUUUUGACCCAUAUCACAUCUCGUGAUUUAACCGUCGUUAACUGUAUACUUGAGCUGUUGAAAAAUGUUUUCGAAACCAAAGUGUCAGCAGUGGAUCUAGUUUGGGAGGCACUAAAAGUUGAAUCAGGUUUCAUCGGUUUGAUGGUGAUUUUUCUAUUGAUUGCAUUUAUUCCAAUUUUAACGCUUCUGAUAUGGGCAUGUUCGAGUGAUAAUCCAAAUGCAACGAUUUCAUUACCACCAUCUCCGUUGAACGAUGAAACACAACCAAAUCCAAUCAUAUCGUUCGAUGAUACGAACAUUGAUAGUACAUUUUACUACCGUCGUGCUUUACAAUUUUUAUUGCAAUUUUUUAGCUUAUUCUUAGUAGCUUUCAUUAUAAUAAUGUUCAUAACAAAUGAACUCAUUCGAUCGACCAUUACAAACACCCCGAACAUUGUGAAAUCAUCAUUAUUAGACGUAGAGACAUUUAGCAAAGAUGCUCACAAAGAAAUCAUCAACACUAUUCACGAGGGUAUGAGCACAGCCACCGAACGAAUUAAAUAUGAUUUAGAAAAUGUGGAUAAAUUACUGGGUGACCCAAUUCAAAAGAAAAUCGAAAUAGACUCCGGCCUUAAAACCACCCUCGAAUCUAUUCUACGCAUAUGCUCUGGUAACUUCGAACUCAUUCAUCGUGUACAAUUACUGCAGGAUGCUUUAGGCAAAGCGGUGCUCAUCUCAAAAGAGGCAACACAACGAAUUGAAGAGUUUCAAGUGCAACUAUCCAUUUUACAACGCCAAUGCUCGUCACGUGAUCGUCCAUUGUGUGACACAUUGCGAUUACGUAGCUUUGAAGAGAACGGUAUUUUGAACAUAUUAACUCGGAUACAAAGUGAUCCGAAUAUAUUGCGAAUGCAAAAUUUGGGUGAAUAUCAUGCAAAUAAUCGUCAUAUAAACAUUUCAAUGGAAAUGAAAACGGUGCAGGAAAAAGUCCAUGAUUUUUCAUCGAUUAUAAAAAUGGAUUUGCAGAAAAAUGUGGAAAGCAUUGAAAAAGCAUUGCUCGAUAUAACCGAUUCAAUACAAUCGGCAACCCAUGAUCUCGGCAAAAUGAUAAAUGGCCUAAUUCAAAAAGUGAACAACGAUCAAGAAAAUGUGCGACCGCUGAUGGAAAGAUUGACAAAUGCCGGCGAUUUAUUGUGGAGCGUAUCGUUGACCGUAUCCUUGGCCGUGCUGUGCAUUUCAUUACUGAUGUCAAUUGGACUUUUGCUCGGAAUUAUUCAUGCCGAAGCGUCGGCAAAAGUAACAUUCAUUAUAAGUGCAAUACUGAUUGCCAUUGGCAGUUUUGGUUUGGCAGCCUUCAACAUUUUAGUUUUAUUGGCUGGCAGUCAUGGUGAAGUGUUUUUAUGUCGACCUUUGUUCGAUUCCCCGCACUACAAUGUCUUUGGUAAAUUAUUCGAUCGACCUGGUUGGGUGUAUAAAAAUGAAACGAACAGUGGUAUUGUCAAUGAUUAUCUGAAUAUACCAGAAAUUGAAGACUCAAAACUGCUCAACAUUACGUUGGCCAACGCAAUUGAACGAUGCCAACAAAAUGAUGCCACAUUUUCAGUGUUUCAAUUCGAUCGCAUUGUGAAUAUAUCACAAAUUUUCGAUCUUCAAGAGCACAAUGCGUUAGAAGAUGAAAUCGAGAAAAUUUUCGUGUCCGCUUCGUCGUUUGUCACAUUAACCGAAGAUUUACAAAAUAUACUCACGUACAUGUACACCAAUUCAGAGAUCAAUUUUUUAGCAUAUCGAACUGAACUUAGUCGACCCACACCAGAAAAGGAUCUUUCCAUGUUUAUCGAUCAAAUGCAACGCGUUUCGGUUCAGAUUCAAGAAUCAACAACAUCAUCGCGUAUGUCAACAUUGGGCAACCGGGCACGACGACUGCAGGCCAAUGUUUUACAACCGUUGGAACGUUUACGAACCGAAAUUCAAUUCGAUUUAACGGCAUUACAAUUACAAAAAGAACCAUGGACCGAUAUGGUGAAUCAAAGUCUUAGCUACUUAAAAACGACCCAAUUUUUUAUUAACAAAGAUUCCGCCAAUAUUUGUUACAACAAAAGUAUUGAAUUCAAAUUUAGACUUAAAGAACAUCUUAUGUUGAAUAAACGGGAAACGUUGAGACAACUCUUACAUAAUGUGGCACCAUGCCGUCAGUUGUUCAACAUAUUCGAUGCAAAUCGACAUUUAUUUUGUCAUCAUAUAAUUGACCCAUUGAACGGGCUAUGGUUUUCCGGAUUUUUAUCGUUGUCCUUGUGGGCAAUUUUAACACCAAUUGCUCUCGGACUUGCAACCAUUUACAAAAAAAUGGAAUAUUCACGCGGUUUAAGACGUUCCAGUAGCCAUCAAGCGCCGGCCGACUCACUGAUAAUAUCUGAACAAAGUAAUUGGGGUUCAAGCAAACAAAUGUCAUCAUCCAACGUAAACAGGCCAAGCCAUUGGUGAAUGUCACAAAUCAAACACACACACACUCUCUCUCUUUCUCUUUCUGACACACACACGAACAAUGAACACAACAUGUUUUUUUUUUUUACAUUACCCAUUGACUGACUCUCUUUUUGUUUCAUUUGAAGUCCGUUGAGAGAAACAACAAUUCGACGAUGAAAAGAAAACAAAAAUAUGUACCCCGAUCACAAUGAUAAAAUAUGCUUAAUAAUUUGUUAACUUUAAAUACGCAAACGAGUGAAUAAUGUGUGUGUGAGAGCGCGUGUGCGCACCUUCAUUUGGCUACAAUGCCCGUGAAAACAAUUGGCGUGUACAUUUUUUUUUGCGCCCCAUUAGCCCAUUGAUUUUGAGAGACAACAUGAUCGAUUACCACAGAUCGACAUUGAACAAUUUGGCUCGUGAAUGGAUCACGAAAACGCAACACUCAUUAUAUUGAUCUCGAAUGAAAUUUGCAUUUUAAAUGUACGAUGCCCGUUACAACAAUGACAACAAGCCUUUUAAACAGCACCUCCAAUGUCGCAAACGGCAAAAAUGCAAUUGCAAAUUCUCACAAUUUUCCUCUGUUAUCGCAACCAAUAAUCGCGACUAAAGCGUGCGGUUGCCACAUUAAUUUUAUGCAAGCAAAAAUUCGAUACAACAUGAAAAUGCAAUUCGUUUUCUGACAUCCAUCCAUUUCAUAUUUCAUAGUACAUUUCGUAGUUGAUAAACCAAAAUAAAAAAAAAAUCAUAAAAUAUGUCAUAUGCGCGCGCUACGAACAUUGUUAAUUUUUGUUUCAUUUUUUGGAGCUAAGCUUUUUAAUUACAAUCCAUUGACUGAUUUAAAACAUAUUUCAUGUGAAAAUCGAUUGUGACAUUGAAACUGUUUGCGUAAAAUACACGAACAAAAAUUAUCGAACAACGUACACGCAUUAUUAUGCGAAUCUUCAAUGAUUUUCGCCUCCACUCUGGCCGGAUUGAUGUGACAGUGCAAUAUUAGCUCGUCAAAGUGUACGAAGCACACGAUCUGAAACCACCGAUUUUGUAUUUGAUGAACAUCAAACAUCUGACGAGGAUGAUCAU